AUGAUGGACAAUGUCUCAGCUAUGACCGUCAUUACUCUGUCAGGGUUAAGUGGAUUAGAAAAGUACAGAAUCCCUCUGUUUAUUGCUACUUUUUUGUGUUACUGUUUGAUCUGGGUGGCAAAUGUGACCAUUAUAGUGACUAUUAUUAUGGAGAAGAACCUGCAUGAGCCUAUGUAUAUUUUUCUUUGUAAUCUUUGCAUCAAUGGACUGUUUGGCACUACAGGUUUUUUCCCAAAGUUCCUCAUUGAUCUUCUGUCCUCCACGCAUGUUAUUUCAUACGCUGGUUGUUUGUUGCAAGGAUAUGUGCUCCAUGUUUAUAUAGGUGCUGAUUUAUCUAUACUUUUACUUAUGGCUUUUGACCGAUAUGUGGCAAUUUGUCGACCUCUGGUGUACCACUCUGUAAUGACAAGACAGACCAUUUCAAUCCUCAUAUUUUUUGCUUGGUUUAUUCCACUACAGUUAAUUUCACUAGGUUCACUGACAGUAACUGGUGUAAAGAUUUGUAGCACACAUAUCAACAAGAUCUACUGCGUUCCUUAUUUAGUAAAUAGACUUGCUUGUACUCCAUUUCUAGCAGCAGUAGUAGUUCCAGCUUUUAAUUACACAUUUUACUUCUGCCAUUUUGGUGUUAUUUUUUGGUCCUAUAUUCACAUCAUAAACACAUGUAUAAAAUCCAAAGAGAACCAAGUAAAAUUUAUGAAGACAUGUUUACCACACAUUAUAUGCCUCCUAACCUUUGUUGUUUGCAUUCUGUUCGACUUGUUGUACAUUAGAUCUGGCUCAAAGUUAGUAUCAAAAAGUGUUGAGAAUUUUAUGGCUGUUGAAUACCUGGUUGUUCCACCAAUCUGUAAUCCUCUUGUAUAUGGCCUAAAUUUGACAAAAAUUAGGAACCAUUUAUUAAAAACUUUUAGGCUUAAACUGUAA